AUGACGACUCGGGAACUGAAUCGUCUACACACCCAUGAUUUGGAGUUGGGCACAACCGAAGCCACCCAGAAGCACAUUCCUCGCAAUGUUGUCCCUCCCAGGCGCAUUUCGCAGCGCCGACUCGAUUUCGAGCACAGGCGGCCUCGCUGGCUGCGCGAGUGUAUAGCGGAAGCGACUGGAGUGUUUAUGUAUGUGCUGCCUGGAAUCGGCGCCAUUGCCACCUUUACCUUGAACGGCGCAUCACCUCUCGGCGUCUCAGCCUUUGGAAGUCUCUUCGCGAUCGGUUUUGCGUUUGCUCUUGGCAUUGCUUUUGCCAUUAUUACUUGUGCCCCAACCUCGGGUGGCCACUUCAGUCCAGCAGUUACGAUUUGUCUUUGCAUUUGGCAUGGCUUUCCUCUCAAGAAAGUACCGUACUAUAUAUUCAGUCAACUCCUUGGUGGAUUUAUUGCUGCCCUGGUACUCAUGGGGAUUUACCACCAGCAAAUCAACGAGAUGAAGGAACUGCUCCUUGCGGCCGGCAAACCUCUCGUCGCAAAUGGCGCUCCCGCAAGUAUCCUGUGCUCGUUCCCCAACCCUGAUCAGUCAAUGGGAUACGUGUUUCUCACAGAGUUCAUCUGCGAUUGCUUCGUCGGAUUCAUCAUCUGGGCCGCCAUUGACCCGGCCAAUCCCUUCAUCUCUCCGGCAAUCGCUCCCCUGAUGAUCGGUUUGGCAUACGCUGCCAUGGCCUGGGGCUUUGGAGACGCCACCCUUACCAUGAACACAGCUCGAGACCUUGGUCCUCGAAUCGUUGCUGCAAUCUUCUUCGGCAAGGAGGCCUUUACUUACAUGAAUUAUUCUCCCAUCGCCAUUCUUGCCAGCAUACCUGCCACACUGGUGUCCAGUGCGUUCUACGAGUUUGUGUUCCGAGACAGCGUAACUAUCAUUCAAAGUGGCCAUGCGGUUCAUGAAGAUGGGGAUGAAGCAUUGGUCAGACACCUCACUAGGACUACUACAGUAGAGGGCAUUGAGGAACGGCGAACUGAAUACAAAUCUUAA